UCCACCCAACCCAGGCUUCCCGACUGUGUUUGUCACAUGUCACAACACACAAAAAGUGUUGCCUUCUUGCAUUCGUUUCGACGAAAUGUCGGCGGACGUUUGCAUUGAAGAUCUUAUUUUAUUCAGCAAACGUUUUCAGCUUUCCGAUGAAGGCUGUUCUGCCGGCAAACAACAUAAACAUAAAGAUAGUACUCUCAAUGAUUUGACAUCUUUCCAAGAUUCUUUUAAGCUUCAGCUACCAGCCCCAGAAGAACCAAGCGGCACAGUUCCCCCAGAUAAGCAAAACCAUCAGGAACUAUUGGUAGAAGAGGAAGCACCCAAUCAAAAUUGUGAAGACUUUGCACCGCCACCUGAUGAUAUAUUCCAACCAGCACCCUUGUCUGAGGAAGAUAAAGCUGCAAAAAAGAAAAGGAAAAAGAAGAGAAACAAUAACAGCUCAUCAGCAGGCUUCCAUGAUAUCUACAAGUUGACAGAGGAGCCACUUGGACAGGGAAAAAAGGGUGUGGUCCAUGGCUGCAUCAAUACUAUCACUAAUCUAGAGUAUGCUGUUAAAAUUAUCCAGAAGUCACCAACAGUGGAAAGGAGGAGGAUUUUAAAUGAAAUUGAGCUACUUUAUCGUUGCCGUGGUCACAGGAAUAUCCUGGAAUGUAUAGAAUAUUUUGAAGAUAGAGAGAGAUUCUACCUUAUUUUUGAAAAAAUGAGAGGAGGGCCUUUGUUGAAGCACAUUGAGAAGAGAAAAUUUUUUACGGAAAAAGAAGCCAGUUUGGUGGUGAAUGAUAUUUGUUCUGCUCUUGACUUCUUGCACAAGCAGGGAAUAGCCCAUCGAGAUUUGAAACCAGAGAACAUCUUAUGUUCUCAUGAAAAUAAGGUAUCUCCUGUGAAGAUCUGUGAUUUUGACCUUGCAAGUGGCAUUGGCGGUUUGACUACACCAGUCACAACACCUGAGCUCCAGACACCGGUGGGCUCAGCUGAGUACAUGGCACCGGAGGUUGUGGAUGCCUUCAAGACUCAGGCUUCUACUUAUGACAAGAAGUGUGACCUGUGGAGCCUAGGUGUUAUACUAUACAUCAUGUUGUCAGGUUACCCUCCAUUUUAUGGCAAAUGCGGCAGCAAGUGUGGAUGGGAACGUGGAGAAACCUGUAGAACAUGUCAGGAAAUGCUACUACACCGGAUACAAGAGGGUAUUUACGAAUUCCCUGAAAAAGAGUGGUCCCAGGUGUCGGAGGAGGCCAAAGACUUAAUAUCCCAUCUGCUGGUGCGAGACGCCUCCCAGCGGUAUACUGCCGAAAUGGUUCUCACCCAUCCCUGGAUUGGAAUGGCGACCAACACUCCUUUACAGACCCCAACUCGGCUGUGCAGGGGUAGCUCAACUCCCUACAACCUGCAGGAGUUUGCCGUUGAGGCGAUGGCCAUGAACCGCAUUGUAAGCGAAGCAUGCGCCAUCGACGGUGCCGACUUUAGACAAGCUAUCAAACCUAGAAUCUUCGGCUUGUCCCCUCCGUCAAACUCAAUCCUGGCCCGUAGACGAGCGAAGCUGCAUGCCCAGGGAGAUAUGGCAACUAGGUAAUACAUCUUAAACUCUUUCCUUGACGAAGAGCAAAGCUAGAUGCGUAUGGGGAGACGGCAUGUUAGAAAAGCCAAGCUACAGGGGGAUGCCGCCAUCAUCUUAACUAAUCAUAGUAAUGAUAAGGCCGGGCAUUUCUCAUACAGUACGAUGAAGUCUUCAGGAGAUGGGACUGUGCUACUAAUGUGUGCUGUGCUAUUUAGUACUUUAUAUUUAUUAUCUGACACUGAAUAAGAGAGCUAAAUAAAAGUCUUUUACCUUUA